CUUUGUUUCCGACCGGACAUUUUUCACAAAAGGACCCUAAGCCUCUUAUCUGAUUGGCUACACCAACCGCCAAUGAACAUAAUGAAAAGGAGGAGAAGAGCUCUGAUUGGCUGCCUCACAGCGUCUGCAGAACGGAGAAGGAGAAGAAGAAGAAGCUAAUGGCGGGUUUGUUCCAGUGAAGGAAAUGUGUUCCGUUUAAUUCAUUUAGAGAUUUGACUCCAUUUCGUGUUUUGAGAAACGGCGACAAAAUGGCGACUUUAGUCCUGGAUAACGGAGCUUAUAGCGCGAAGAUCGGCUUCAGUCAGGAGACAGUGCGUGUCAUCCCAAACUGUCAGUUUCGCUCGAAGACGUCGAGAUUGAAAACGUUCACAGCCAAUCAACUGGAUGAGAUCAAAGAUCCCUCAGGACUCUUUUACAUCCUCCCUUUCCAGAGGGGGUAUCUGGUGAACUGGGACGUCCAGAGGAAGGUUUGGGAUCAUCUGUUUGGGAAAGAGAUGUUUAAGGUGGACUUUGCGGACACCAGCGUCAUCAUCACAGAGCCCUACUUCAACUUCUCCUCCAUCCAGGAGUCCAUGAACGAGAUCCUGUUCGAGGAGUACCAGUUCCAGUCGGUUCUGCGGACCAACGCCGGCUCCCUCAGCGCUCACCACUUCUUCUCCUCUCGGCCCUCGGAGCUCUGCUGCCUCCUGGUGGACGGAGGCUUCUCCUUCACGCACAUCAUCCCAUACUGCCGCAGCAAGAAGAUGAAGGAGGGCAUCCGCAGGGUGAAUGUAGGAGGGAAGCUGCUGACCAAUCACCUGAAGGAGAUCAUCUCAUAUCG